AUGAAGAGUUCAACUGUGUGUCUGCUGCUCGGUGUGUCUGUGCUGCUGCUGUCUGGUCCCACUGAUUCAGCAGUCUCUCUGAGAGUCAGUCCAGACCUUCAGCAGCUCUUCAGCAGAGAGUCUCCACUGACUCUGAGCUGUGAUGAAGACGGACAGACAGCUGAUGGAUGGACGGUGAAGAGGACAACAAGAGGAGGGACUGGACAGUGUGGUGGUGGUGAUCAACAAGACUUUGGGAGGAUUGAAAGUUCUAACUGCAUCAUCUCAUAUCCCUCUCCCCUCUCAGAUUCUGGAGUUUACUGGUGUGAAAGAUCUGGAGAGAAAAGUGAAGAGAUCAACAUCACAGUUACUGAUCUUACCUUUAAGCUGGAGAUCCCUGCUCUUCCUGUGCUGACAGGAAGUGAUGUCACUCUGCGCUGUAGGACCAGAGAUGGUUCCACACCAGCAUUUAAUGUAUUAAAGAACGGUGAAGCUGUUACAGGUUCCUCUAAAGGAGAGUUAAUCAUCAGUAAGGUCCAACAGUCUGAUGAAGGUUUCUACUCGUGUGUUAAUCAGAAUGUAGAAUCUCUAAGGAGCAGGCUGAGGGUCAAAGCUCCUCCUCCUCCUACUUCAGUCUCUCUGAGAGUCAGUCCAGACCUUCAGCAGUUCUUCAGCAGAGAGUCUCCACUGACUCUGAGCUGUGAUGAAGACGGACAGACAGCUGAUGGAUGGACGGUGAAGAGGACAACAGGAGGACAGACUGGACAGUGUGGUGGUGGUCAACAAGACUUUGGGAGGAUUGAAGGUUCUAACUGCAUCAUCUCAGAUCCCUUUGAAUCAGAUUCUGGAGUUUACUGGUGUGAAAGAUCUGGAGAGAGAAGUGAAGAGAUCAACAUCACAGUUACUGAUCUUCCCUUUAAGCUGGAUAUCCCUGCAAUUCCUGUGCUGACAGGAAGUGAUGUCACUCUGCGCUGUAGGACCAGAGAUGGUUCCACACAUAGAGCAUUUUAUUUAUUAAAGAACGGUGAACCUUUCAGAUCUGACUCUAAAGGAGAGUUUAUCAUCAGUAACGUCCAACAGUCUGAUGAAGGUUUCUACUCGUGUUCUGAUGGUCUGAUAGAAUCUCCAAGGAGCAUGCUGAGGGUCAAAGCUCCUCCUCCUCCUCCUCCUCUCUCUGUGGUCAGACUCUUGUGCCAUCUAGUGGUCAUCAGUCCGUACUGCAUCUGUUCUGUCCUGAUGGUUUCCAUCUACUGCAGCAGGAGGACAGGAAACAGACCCGCCGUCUCCAUGGAGACCAGCCAGCGUGAUGCAGGAGGUCAGGGAUCGGAUGGAGAGCGUGAUGAUGUCACCACUGAGCAUGACUUCUGAGCUGCAGCUUGUGUUUUAAUCAUUUACAGUAAACUGAUGAUGAAGAGGAGGAAGAGGAGGAGGAAGCUGAUCACACCUUAGAGCAAUGAUCAAUGAUUAUUGAUUAUUGAUCAUCUGCUGUAACUUACAGCCCAUCCUCUCUCUCCUCUCAGUCUAUUUUAAUGUGUUCAUGGUGUAAAUACUGAUAUAUUAAUAAUAACGGGUAUUAAAUGUCUACUUUAGUGAAUAAUGAUCUUCUCCAGUCAAACCUCAGCAGAUAAAAACUCAUGAUCAGAUGAAUCCUGUAACACAGCUGUGAUAUUUAACAUCCUAUGAACUUACUGUAAAGAUGAUAUAUUGAUAAACGUAUGUAGUAAUAAUUAGUCAUCCAAUCAUAAGAACAGCAGUGAUUCUUUCUGUUUAUUCAUGUUAAUUAUGGGAUGUAGAUUUUACUGAAUGAGGUCAUGAAGUGACAUCAUCGCCUAAAUAAUGUAUUCUGUGUUUUACAGUGUAAAGUUUAUAGUUGUGAUUAAAUGAAUGAAACCAUGA